AGUAUUCCAAAAAUUUCGUCUUACGGUCGUCAUCUCAAAAAGUUCUGCCUUUAGGUUAAAGGCAAUCGAAACAGGAGAGAAUUUUGAUGAUGGGAAUCGACUUGGAGAACUUUGAUGACAAUGUUCCAGCAGAAUUUCUGUGUCCUUGUUGUCGGAAAGUGGUUUACUAUCCCUUAGUAACCGAUUGUUUCCAUGUGAUGUGUGAAAAAUGCUUCAACAAACGAGCAAAAAGACGGCUGAAAUGUCCUGCUUGUGGUGGUUCGAUGGGAGAAGGAAACAACAAGCUUGAUUCGUCGUGGAGAAGAAGAUACGAAAGGCUAAAAGUUAACUGUAUUAAGGGAUGCGAAAUGGAAAUGUCGUUGGGGGAAUUGGAGAGACACUUGGAUGAAGAAUGCCCUCUUGCUUUCGCACUAUGUUCAAACAGUGGAUGUUCUAAGAAAAUACGAAGGAAAAAUCUAUCUGGGCAUCACAAGGAGUGUGAUUAUAGGAUAGUAAUGUGUGAAAAUUGUGGUUUUCAAACCCGAUUUGUUAAUCUAAGGACACAUCAAAUUGUUAGAAGAUGUGCCCUACGCAAAAGCCUUCACAUGAUCGUCCAAAGCAGACGAGUAAUGGAUGCACAGGUUAAAGAACACAAGCGUCAAGUGGAUGAAGAUAGUUUUAGGAGAACUCUAAAUGAAAGAGACAUGGAAAAGACUAAAUUGUGGACUGCAAUAUAUCGUAACAAUCCAAAUAGAAUGUUGUCUCGCAGUCCCAGUCCAAGUAGAUGUGCCAGUGCUGUGGAGAUGGCUGAUGGACAUGGCUCUCCAGAUGGGUACAGGUCAGGCAAGGGUGGGUCAGUUACUCCAAGGAGCACACGAUCAUAUCCUGACUGUGUGUCAUUGUGCAUGAAUUGUAAGAAACUAUUCUUGGAGGACAACAAUCAUGAUUUAGCAUGCCAGUGGCAUGAAGGGCCGAUCAUAGAUGUGUUUGGGGUGAAGUGUCAAUCCUGUGGGAAGCUUGACAAUCUGGAAGGCUGUGUCAGAGGUUACCAUGUGGCAGUUGCACAGCAAACACAAAGCAGAAGUCCAAGACAGUCACCAAGUGAAACAUUUUUAACGACAACUUAGAAUCUUCAAAUUCAUUCAGCUAUGAAGUUUAAAUUUGAUUGAAAAAUGCCAAUGUUAUUUUUUUCUAGUCAGAGUAAAUCUCAAAAGCGUCAUUCCUAGACAAAAUGUUAAUUUAAUAUCCCUAUUUUACUAUAUUAUACAUGAAAACUUAAAAGCUAAUCUUUAAAUAUAAGCACCACUCAAAAGGAGUGGAGUAGAAAUGUGUUUUUUUGAAAGUUUUUUUUGUAGCUAUCUGUAAAUCAUCCUUGUAAAGUUAUUUGGAAUCAAAAUGAUGGAGAUUUCUUAUUUGUUCAGUCAACUGAGGACUAACUAACCUAAUUCUGAUGUUUUUUACAUUUUAAAUUAUCAUUAUUUUAUAGAAUUUAACAUUUUUAGAUCAAACUUUCAAAUUUUGUUAAUAUCAUUCUAAUCCAUUACCUUAAAGUAAUGCUUAAUUAAAAUAUGAGUUUGAAACAG